UGAUCAGGGGCCAGUCAUCAUUUCCAUGGGGGAGCUCACAGCGGGAUGAUCUGGGAUCGGUGCUGCUCUCUGUGUUGGAUAUAACUUUGAGCUGAUCUGGGAUCGGUUCUCUAUUCUAUACAAAAGCUCAGGGCUGGUGAGCCUCGCUGAAUGAGGGUUUAACGGCUGCCUGGGAGGACGCGCUCAGUCCAAGCUGAUUCGGGACGAUCGGUGUCGAAGAGUGGCCAUAAAUCAUAGCAGUUACUGUUUUUCACCUCGUCCUGCAUCAAUUCGAGAGACGCGGCAGCCUCGGAGCGCCGCUUUCGCCUGUUUACCUCGUGAUGGACGCGAGCUGUUAGGGAGUGCAGGGCUGCCAGCCGCGUCCUGUCACGGCGCAUCUGCCGGAGCCCGGAGGACUGUCGUCACGCUUCCCCGAGAUCAUGGCCGCAGGCUCCUACUCCCCCGGCGGCCCCAACGGCAUCAUCCGGAGCCAGUCAUUCGCUGGCUUCAGUACGCUGCAGGAGCGCCGAUCCCGGUGUAACUCCUUCAUGGGCAACUCCAUUGUGCAGAAGAAGCCCCAAGCAAAGCUGAAGAAGGGUCAUGCGUCAAACCACAAAUCCAGCAGCAGCUCGCAUGAACCCCAGCCCCGGAGGGUGGAGGAGAUUUAUGGAGCUCUCAAACGAGGUCUUGAUGAGUAUCUCGAAGUACACCAGGUGGAGUUGGAGAAACUUACGUCUCUGAUGAAAGAUAUGAAGAGGAACUCCAGACUGGGGGUGCUCUAUGAUCUUGACAAACAAAUCAAAGCAGUUGAAAGAUACGUCCGUCGGCUGGAGUUCCACAUCAGUAAGGUAGACGAGAUGUACGAGGCGUUCUGUGUCCAGCAGCGUCUGCGCGAUGGCGCCAUUAAGAUGAAGCAGGCCUUCACGGCAUCGCCGUCCAGCAAGAGCACGCGGGAGAGCCUGGCGGAGGUCAACCGGCGAUACAAGGAGUACAGCGAGAACAUGUGUACUUUUGAGGGAGAGCUGGAGAAACUCUUGGGGGAAUUUCACAUCAAGAUGAAAGGUCUGGCUGGUUUUGCUCGACUCUGUCAAGGCGACCAGUAUGAAAUCUUCAUGCGCUACGGGCGGCAGCGCUGGAAGCUGAAGGGCAGGAUCGAGGCGAGCUCCAGGCAGAGUUGGGAUGGGGAGGAGAUGGUCUUCGUGCCGCUCAUCACCGACCUGAUCUCCAUCAAGGUGUCUGAGCUGAAAGGUCUGGCCACACAUGUCCUCGUGGGCAGCGUCAUCUGCGAGACCAAGGAUCUGUUUACAGCCAGGCCUCAGGUGGUGGCUGUGGACGUCAACGACCUGGGGACCAUCAAGCUCAACCUAGAGGUGACCUGGUUUCCAUUUGAUGUGGAGGACCUGACCUUGUCCUCGGGUAACCUAAACAAAACCACCGCCCUACAGAGGCGUGUCUCUGUGUACAGCCAAGGUACACCCGAGACCCCCACCUUCCAGGACUCCGCCUUCUUUGACCGCCAGCGUCUCUCCGUCCUGCACGUGCUGCGUAACACCCUGGUAGAAAAGCUGAGCUAUAGUCGCUCACUGGGUCACCUGGCCUCGCUGCAGCUGCACCCAAAAUCCAGCCUGGACGAUUACGUGGCUCUGCGUGACGACGUGUUUGAAAACGGCAGUUGUGACAUACAGUCCAAGCGUCUGUCCUUCAGCUUGUCUGACACUCCUGAGGCUGGUCCCCCCCCUGCCCAGUACAACCCAGAGAUCACGGUCACGCCCCCACCUCCAGACACAGAGUCUUUGUGUCAGGAGGAGGCGGAGCCACAGGAGGAGGAGCCACAGCCACAGGAGGCGGAGCCUGUGGCCUGCGAGAGGGAGUUGGAGCCUGAGUGGGUGGGGCCCGGCGGCUCUCCGUGUUUGGAUGCUGGGGAGAUGUUCCUGGAUCCCGGCGUGUCUGACGCCCUGCUUCAAGACGAAGGCUCUGAGCUCAAGCCCGUGGAGCUGGACACGGAUGAGGGCAGCCUGACCAAGCAGCUGGUGAAGCGGCUGACGUCAACCGACAUGUUGCCCGAAGGGCCGCCUGGCUGGGGUCCGGAGGAGGCUCCCACACCGACCCCCGGGAACAGCAGCCUGGAAGAGGCCAUCCAGGGCCUGCUGCUGAGGCUGGAGGGCUUGGAGGAGCGCGGUCGGGAGCUGCAGGAGCUGGAGCAGGAGGUCAUGCGUCUGGAGGACCUGCUGAAGUGCCGAGUCCCUGCCCAGCACAGCAGGUGCUCCAGUCUCAGUCUGACUGUUGAGAGCGCUCUUGAGAGCUUUGAUUUCCUCAACACCUCAGACUUUGAUGACGACGACACGGGAGACGACGGCCUCCCCCGUUCCGUGUUUUUUGACACAGAGCCAGAGAGGACGGGGCCAGUCCAACACCCAGAGGCCAGGGGCCACUUGAGCGAGGCCCUGACUGAGGACACCGGUGUGGGGAACAGUGUGGCCGGCAGCCCGCUCCCCCUCACCACGGGCAACGAGAGCCUGGACGUGGCGGUCAUCACGCACCUGCAGUACUGUGCCCAUCUCGUCCAGCUCCUGUCCACUGGGGGGAGCCCAUCACAGCAUGCUUCCCAGCUGUGCAAGCUGGCUAGUCAGAGGCAGCUGCUGGAGAUGCUGGGAGAGAUCAGCUCAGACCACAUGGGCAAUGUCAGCUCCGUCGCUGACGUGCUGCCCAGUUUGGGGGAGAAGCCCGCCCUGCUGGCCUUGUGGUGUGACUUCAGCGGCUCUGUUGGCCUGUUCCACGCCUCACUGGACCACGUUCUCAAGCACAUGCACCUCUGUUUUGGCCCAGCCUUGGAGGAGAAGCACCAGAAUGCUGCAGACACGGUGAUCCGGCUGGUGGUGAGUGAGAUGGUGGACAGGAACCCCUUACCAGCGGCCCCGGCCCAGGACAUCCUCACCGUCUUCCAGUUCCAGAGUUACACCUCGGCUCAUGCUGUGGAAGACCUGGGGGAGGAGCUGCAGCAGCUGGCCAGAGAGGUGGCCCUUGUGGACGUCCUGCGCUCUGGGGACCCCGAGCAGGUCUGCAGGGAGCUGGAGGACGUCCCGGCCUGCAGACUUUGGCCUCAGAUGGAGACACUGCAGGCUCUAGCCUCCCUGCUGCUGGCCGACAACCCCGACCUCAAAAGGGCCGCAGCCGCUUUCCUGACCUCUGCUGCCAGCCAAUCAGAUCUCAGGUCAAAGGCAGUAGAGGCCUACAUUCAGCAGCUGUCUGCGGCCGGACUGCAGACGGUGAGGGGGGCCUGUGCUGCUCUCGGCUGUUUGCAGGCCUCGGAGAGCAUUGAGAAUCUGGCAUCGCUGUGCGAUUCGGCGGAUGAAGAGCUGCGGCACGUCGCCAUGGAGACGCUGCUCACCCUCGGUGAGGAGGGGAAGAUGGCGUACGAGCAGCUGGACAAGGUGCCCCGGGAGAUGGUGCGUGUUGGCACGCGGCGGGGCAAUGCCGUCACCACAGCCUUCUGAGGGGCCUGGAGUGUCACCGAGGCGAGACUGAGAUUCCCGAUCUGGGCUGAACCCACAUGCAUCAUUCUGACCAAUAUUAAGCCAUUUCUGUCUGCACAUUUUUAUUAUAAUUAUUAUUACUAUGGUUGUUCUUUAUUCUUAUGACUCUUAUCCUUAUUGUAAUAAGUAUUAAUUAUUGUUUCAGUGGUGUUUUGCACUCUAGGGGACGUUGCAAACAGGGCACAUUUCAGCCAGUUGUCAGGGACCUUGCUGACCGUCUCAGACGUCAGCUGCGCAGGGCUUUCCAUGCUCACGUCUGUCACGCUGACCUGGGAUCAGCAGUCCGCAGCCCAGCACGGUCAGAUUCAUGGUGUUUGCUCUCUGGCUGCUGGUCCAGGUACAGUGCUGAUGUGGGGACAAAGGGGCCGUGUGGAUAGCGGGCCUUUUCUGGCAGUGGCUGCUUGUCACUGCAUUUAAUCCAGGAGAUUUGUGACAGACCUUGAAUUCAGUCACAUAUUUGAAAGGAUAUGCACUUUGGGUUGUAAAAACAGGCAGAUACUGGGAGUGGUUUGCUUUUGUGCCUACUGUAUAUCACUGCAUUAAAUGGACGAUUAACAGCUUUUCCUUUAUAUAUUUUUAUCUCUGCCUCAAAAAUUGGAUUAUCUUUUAACUUUUUUGUUGUAGAUUGAAUUGUAAAUGAGCUGUGUAUUUAUAUUAAUGUUCUUGAUCAGUAUCUGUGUCGGUUAUAAUUAAUAAUGAGAGCAGAGGCUUUUAUUUUUUUUAUGGGGAAUAUUACUUGUUGUGUUACUGGGACUGCACUGGGUGGCCAUGGUCACAUGACCACAAGCCCCUCCCUCUUUAGAGGUCUUUAGCUGGUUGUAACUGAACUGUAAAAACUGUAUGCUCAGCUUGUUACACCUGAUUCACCAGCAUCACCUCAUCACUGUUAAGUUGUUUUUAUUAAAGUAAAAUGCGUUUAGUUAUUUAAAGCAUUCACCUUGGCAACUAAAAAUACUGACAUCCAUUGGCAGAUUUAUCUACUUUUUCCCCAAAAUUGGAAGAGACCAACGUGAAAUCCCUGUAAUUCAAGUAAUAUUUCUGAUCCAGUACAAACAUAUUCAUAUUAACGUAAUGUGAACUGGGUUCAACAAAUCUAUUGUCGAGAGUGACCUCGAUAUGUCAGUAUUCUAAACAUCCUCACUUGUAUGGAAAUGUGAAUAUUAAAAAUCUGAGUUCCUCAUGCAUUUGCCCAUCCAACUUUUUGCUUGACUAAGCACCUAUUAAUCCUUUUCUAACUGUGAAUUAUAUGGUUUUCAUAAUUUAGUAUUAUUUGUUUGCUUCCUCUGAUGGUUUGUAUUAUUGCACUGAGAUCACAUGACCUGUGUUGUAAACUGUAUUUAUUUAAAUCCAAGUCACUCUGUGGCUCAGCGGGUUAAGACCGUAUGCAUGCCUCUGAUUGGAAGGUGCCUCAGAUCCUGUGAUCAGCAGAAUGGUUUUAACAUUGAGGUCUUGAGUAAGGCCCUUAAGCUCAGUGGCUCCAAGUUAUGGUUAAUCUUUCUUUGUAUAUUUUCCCCAAAUUAACUUAAAAGGGCAAAGAUCUGACUUGGAAUUGAGUAAGUAUGGUGACUUAUUUUUGAUCAUGUUUAUUCCAGUACUGAUUGCUUUUUGUUUUCAGUUUAGAACCCUUCCUGUUUAUUCAAAGUGGCAAUAAAGUUUAUUUUUGCAUAAUGGCAGCUAAAAAG